AUGGCGCUCCCAGUUCCGAAAACGAUGUUUCAGCACAUGCUGAAAGAAGGAGCCAAGGUAUGUGUGGAUGUUUAAUAGAUGAAAGCAACUUAUCAUAUUUUGUUAUUCCUUGGUUUAAGUGCUAGUUGGUUGCGAUGGGACGUAUGGGGUUGUGUGUUAGCUCAAGUCACCUCCAUCACCGGUGGUUUUUGCACGUGCGUUUGGAAGUGUCAGAUUUAACAGAACCAUCACUGAUAAAGUACAUAACGCAAUUGUAUUAAGACUUAAGAUUUUGUGAAGGUGACCAGCAAUCUUCGGGAGGGUUUAGGGCUACAAAACAGUGAAAGAACCCACUUUUUUUGCUCGAAUCACCGUGCCUUGGUUUUUUGUUGAGUUGAUGUUCAGCUCAGGUUUGUACAAUGUACUUGUGUGUAAACUAUAUUUUAUUGUUACAUUGAAAAUAGGGAGCAAGGGAAACCUUAAGUGAAAAAUGCAGGCUUAUUUCUGGAUUUAUUGGAAUUUGUUACAUUUAGCCAACAUGGUGACAGGGGAUGAAACAGGGGUCAUUUUGAUAACACUUUUACAAUUUUUAUUAUUGCAACAUUAUAAUUUGCAAGUGAAGAAAUUGUCUUAGAGUCUGAAAUCAAAAGCUACACUUGUAAAGUAAACUUCUAAAGGUUUUAUAAAAUUGACCCCAGGAUUACCGGUAAUGCCUGUAUUAGCCACAAAGCCCAUGAAAUGUUGUCUACACCACCAUGGUCUAUGUCCCCUACUCUUUACAAACAGCAGUGUGGGUUCUUUUCAACCACAAGAACAGUGAAAGUGCUGCAGACUUGCCAACCCCCAAGAGACAAAAAUCUUGAGAUUCUGAACCUAGAGCUGGGAAAAGAAGUGAGAAGUAGGGAAAAGUUGUGAAAUUUCUCAAUAUGGAAGGACUUCCAGCUGGGAUUAUUGCCAUUAGAAGUCACGUAUCAUUUUAAAGCUACAAUCGUGGAUCAAAUGCAUUUGCUAGGCAUUUUCUUUAGAUUGAGUUUGCUACAGUACCGCUCAAAAGUAAGUUGACACUCGAAGCUCAAAACUUGAGACUUGAUCCUUGUUGGGAAACAAACCUUACUGAUGCUCCUACAAUUAUUUGGAAAAAGGACUUUUCCAGAUCGCAUGAGACAUCUGUUGUCAACUUGAGAGAGCUCCUAAAGUCUUGAGUGUCAAGUUUUUGAGAGUUGGCUUACGGUUUUUCAUCCUGUUUUGACAAGACUAGAAUAUCUAACCAUUUGAAGAUGUCAGAACAAAGGCUGUAAAUUCUUCUCUGUUAUUUAAGAUCCGAAGGGUUAGUCCAGCCAGGGUUAACCGAUGGCAAACUGUCCCUGGUGUAUGGGGGAGUGUAACUAAUGUGAAACCUGUGAGCCAGAAGCAAUUUUGUGAGCUGUGAGCUUGUUUUUGUGUACUAUUUUUUGCAAUAUUUAACCUCCAAAUAGAUGCACUUUAGUUGUUUAGUUAUUUAUCAUGUUUGCUGAAAUCCUGGUUGGAAAAUAUACAGAACAAGUUUUGCUAAGUUUCUGGAUUACUGCAAAGCAGAUGAAUGUGUUUUAAAUAACAAUUUAACAUUAUGUGUGUUUUUAUCAGCAUUACUCAGGUCUUGAUGAUGCUGUUUACAGAAACAUUCAAGCCUGCAGAGAGCUUACACAGAAAACAAGAUCUUCCUUAGGACCAAAUGGUAGGCAUUGAUUUUUUUUAAAAUCACCUUUCUGGUUUUUAUACCUAUAAUUGUCUAACAUGAUUUACUCAUAAUGCGCAUGCUAUUCCUUAGCAUUAAAUGAAAAUUUUAAAGAAUUCAGCAAAAUACAUAAAAAUUUUAAAAUAGGCAGAAUUUGAAAACAAGUUGAGCGUGCAGCACUGCUAUAUAUUGUGGUGUGAAAUAAUGCAUUGGAUUUUGAUGGCCAUGCAGUAGCCCCAAUCAACCUUCCAUCAAAUAUAAUACAUGUAAUUUCAAAAUGAAGUGCAGUAUGCACCCUAUGGUGGGCUGAAAGUUUAGCUUGAUAAAAAUGUUUUGACAAUAAUUUACAUGUAUAACUGCCAGUAUUUCUGAUUAUAAUCGUAAGUGAUGUACUGUAGCUCUACUACUCUUCAUCAUACUAUUUUGUUUGUUCCAAUUAGACACAAAUUUGAAUUCCAUAGUGUUUAAAUGUAUUUAAGAUGUGUCAAAUAAUGGUAAACGAAACGAGGUGAACAUUGGGCUAUGUUUUGCAUUUGUCUACUAUUUUUUAUGCUGCUGACUGUAAAGUUACUCCUAUCUUGAGAAGUAUUUGUAGACAAUUUUUUAAAAUAACAUCAAGGUGUAUUCAAUUGAUCAAUCAUACUUUUGAAUAAAAAUACUAGAAAAAGAUCAAUAUGCUUUGGCUUUCAUUUCAUUGUUAACUCCAGAACUUUGUUGGACAUUGUUAAUUUAGAUGAAUGUAGCUUUCUAGUCAUCCAAAAAAUUUGUAGUUUAGAUUUUUCACAAUUUGUUACUUCACUAGGCUUUGCCACAGGCAGCCCAAUAAAAAGUUAAUUGGGUCACAACUAAUUCACAAAACUUACAAAGCAAAAGCUUCUUGUGAAGUGUGUUUGGCAGGCUAAAAACGUGUAAGUCAUCAGUUUAAAGGCUUGUCCGUCCCUCAUUCAUGUAUAGCAGUCUUAAGAUGAAGCUAUAAGAACCUUUUUAGCUUGAUUGUGUAAGUUAGAUUCAUACUCAUGUAGUUUAAAGCAGUUAAUAAUUAAUUAUAAUAUUAAUCUUGUGAUUUUAAAAGGCAUGAACAAAAUGGUUGUCAAUCACUUGGAGAAGUUGUUUGUCACAAAUGAUGCAGCUACAAUAAUCAAGGAAUUAGAGGUAUGGCUUAAAUAACAAUAUACCAGUGAAACUGAUGGGCAUGACUCAUGUACAGGUUAUCCUUAUGUAGUAGGAACUUUUAAUCUUUAUAGAAAACUGAAAUUAGUAUUAACAUGUAAUAUAUGGAACAUGUUGCCAUGGAAGUGGCUGUUGCAACACUGCACAAGAUCAAUAGCCCAGUAAAUGUCUGAAACAAAUAAUGUAUACCAAGCUUGACAGGUUUGAGAAUCCCAACUGGCCGAAGGCACACCAGUUGGCUAUUUACAAGUGUUGCUGUGGAUUUGAACCAGGGACUACCAAGAACAAAUGCAGCAAGUGGUCAGGGCAUUAUUUUUCCUCAGCCACCCUGCCACUUGUUAUAGUUAACCCCUUUAGUAGCAGACUACCUUAUCUUCUAAUGAUCAAAUCUGCCUCAUUUGCCAUUACACUUUCUACUAUUACUCUUGCGUUGAUGUAUACUCUUACCAUUUUUGUAGAGCUUUGGUAUAAUAUCUUAUAAUGUGAGGGCUGAGCACUCAAAAUCUCCAGAACUGAAUUAUUGAGUGAUCCUUUUUUUUUUGCAAUAUUAUUUAACUGGUAGUUAUUUUAGCCACGGUUUUUUUGUAUUUGGCCAGGUACUGCUAAAAUGGUUUACACUGUAGUUUAAGUUUAUGUUAAGUUUUUGUUUCAUUGUAAACUGACUUUGAUACAUGUACUACUAGGUUCAACACCCAGCAGCCAAAAUGUUGGUGCUAGCAUCACAAAUGCAAGAGCAGGAGGUAUGUACAUCACAGUGGUGUGCCUGUCAUUGUUAAUAAUCAAUCAGGGAUCAAAAAACCACAGUUCUGUGUUAUAAUCGAUGAUGGAAUAUGUUAAAAUAAUGCUCAAUUGAUUAUUGUGGAAAAUAAGAAAAAAAAUUGCUGCAAAUAAAGAUAUUGACACUGAUCAGGGGCAUAACAUCCUUUACGCACAUGCAUACAUUACUUAAGAAAUUGGUAAGUUUUGGUAAGAUUUUCUGUUAUAAGUAAAAGCCAUUUGCAGUGUCGUAACUUGACCUUGUAUUGUGCAGGUUUGUUCCUGUUUGUCUCGCUGUUAUUCCGCAACAUUUUACAUGAAAAAAACAAGUUACCCUUUGAGUAGUGGAAUAAGAUAAAUUUGAAACAUUCUUGAAGUGUUUCAGUGAUUUUGUUACAAAUAGUUAUGGUGAGUCCUGGAACUCAUCUUUUGAAAAAUUAUGAGUCCCAGUCCAGGGCCAUUGAGUCCCAGUUCAAAAAACAAUGAGUUAUAAACUGAAAAUGUUUGGGUUUUAAGUGACCAGGCAGUUACUGAAUCUGAAGACAGACUCAAAACUCUUUAUCACAGUUUACUGAAAUUGAAAUAUAGUCUUUCUAUUAAAACAACAAAAUUGAGUGGACUAAAAUAAAUAUGCAUAAAGACUUCACUUCGUAAUGGGAUGACAGAUGAGUGACUUUCAUCCUUAUACAUAAAAACAAAGAAGUUAAAUAUAUGUUGAUAAUUUCAUCACUAAAUUUGUGUAAGAAAAGGGGAGGUGACUGGCCUUGUGCUUGUUAACACUCCAGAACCAGCUCAAAGAAGAAAGUUUUAAAAACUUUUUUUAAUAUCAUGCUCUAUUGUAAACAAGCCGGUAAACUGCCAAGAUACAUUGUAUGUAUUAAAGAAAAGCAAAAAUGCUAUUUUGUACAAAGUUUUUAAUACCAUGUGGACCCCUGUGUGUACUUGCCAAAAUGGCGAUGCUACGCCCCUGCUCAUGUGUUGUCUUUCUAAUUGACCAUUAAUUCAGCUAUGGCCCAUUGAUAACCCUUUCUUGAUACAGUUUUUGUAUGUUUCAUCAUGUCACAUCAUGUGGUACAAUGGCUAAAUACUUACUUGCUUUGUUUUGUGCAAUAAUAUUUUUUAUUAGUUGACUCUCGAUAACUCGAACCUCGAGCUAACUUGGACCAAAAUUGAUUUCCCUUAGAUUUGCUUCAUACAUUUACUAUAAUUUUACUCUCAGUAACUCGAACCCUCGAUAGCUUGAACCUCCUGCUAACUCAAAGUAAUUUUUGUUUCCCUUCAGAUCAUUCCUAUGAAUACCCUCAAUAACUCAAACCAUGCUUUAAGCACCUGACAAGUGGAAAAAUGUGAACUACAGUCUGAAACGUUGAAAUUAUUUUAACAACCAUUUAUUCUUUGUCUUUACUUUUUUGUCGUUCCAGUUUAAAUACAGCAGUGUCCAGCACUGCAUUCAUUCCCCACCCCAUUUCCUCCUUUCGGGUUAUUUGCUUCAUACUCCCGAUAACUCAAACUCCCACUGACUCGAACUUUUUUCAAUUUCCCUGAAAGGUUCAAGUUAUCGGGAGUCGACUGUACUUUAACUUGAACACAGGAUGGUGAAAAAUGAAUGAAAUGGAACAGAUGAUUGAUCUGUUGGGUCAAUCUGAAGAUUUUUUGAUGUAAUAUAUCAAGCAUGAGAUGCAGUGUUUCAUCACCAGAUGAAACACCGAGAAGAGAGGUGAAAAUAUGCUGGCAGGGGUGUAUUUUUGAUGAACUUUGAGGUGUUUCACCUGAAUGCUUGAUUUAGAAGGAGAAGUUAAGAAUGCAAAAAUGAGCAAUUUUUCAUCUGAUUUCCAGACACUCAGUAAACAUUAAUUUCCUUUGUAUUUUCUUUAUGAACAAUUUUAUUAGUGAGUUUGGGAAGAUCAUUUAUGAAAUCUCAGCCAAUUCCCAGCACUAAGUACACUAUGUUACUGCAGAUUUCUAGUUGAUGCUCAUUGUAACUGUGCAGUGCACUGUUAUAAAUGCAUUUUUUGCAUUGAUGGUUGGUCUAUGCGACAUGAGGGCUACAGCUGUAACAUGUAAUUUAAUUGAAAAAUUCAUUUAAACAUAAUAUUAUCAAUUUAUUAUUAUUUUCUUUCAAUUUUUCAGGUUGGAGAUGGCACAAAUUUUGUUUUAGUCUUUGCUGGUGCUCUUCUUGAUGCUGCUGAGGGGCUUCUGAGGACGGUAAAAUUGGCUGAGUUUGUUGUUUGGCUUAAUUUUGUUGUUUGUAAUAAUCAACGUAACCUUAGCACGUGAAAGACUCCAGUAUGUUUAUGAAGUAUUGUUAGGGCUUUUACUUAGAAAAAGUAGAAAAAGCGUCUAUAGAAGGUCUGUUGUACAAGGAAAGUUAUUAGAUAGUUAAAAGUGCUAGUACACCAAGGACAUUUCACAUUGGUUUAUUUCUUCUGUUGCUGUUGAUUGUUAUUGUCAAUAAAAUAUAAUACAGUGGUUAUUUUCAUAUAAAAUCACCAUUCAUUAACUUCCAGUAGAGUUUAACAGAAACUUGUAUUAUAGUAGUCAUGCUGUUUAUAACGGUCGACUGACCAUCAGUGAUUUUGUAACAAAUAGUUAUGGUGAGUCCUGGGACUUGUUUGCAACAAAUGAUGAGUCCUAGUCCCAAACCACUGAGUCUCAGUUCAAAAAACAAUGAGACCUUUAUGUAACCUAUGGGGCUUUAUGUAACCAUGCAGACUAUUAAUCUGAAGACAGACUCCAAAACUCUGUAUUAUAGUUUACUGGAAUGAAAAAAAACUCUUUCUGUUGUAAAGACUAAAAGAAAUAUACCUUGUUAAACAACAGCCACAACAACAGCCACAGAAAUCACGUGAACAAGUUAUUCUACAAAAACAUGUUCAGGUUAAUCGAUUGAUCUUUGUGUCCCACGAGGUGCAUGCCAUGAAUAAAGGUGCUUUUUAUGCAUCAGGGAUGCAGGACGCAGAGGUAAAAAAAUUACUGAACCGUGUAUAUUUCCGUAGGGUGACCAUUAGACACAGGUUUGACUUGAUGGGGGUCUUAAUAGUACUAUUUCUCACGCUAUUGCUAUUCCAUAUUUUCAAACAUGCUCAGUGAUAAUGAAUAAUUUUGCCUUGUUAGGGUCUCUCCCCUCCUGAGGUCAUAGAAGGUUAUGAAAAAGCAUGUAAGAAGGCUCUAGAAAUAUUACCAGGUAUGUAGAGUGGUCAGGUACCUGUGCAUUUGAGCACCUUUUCACCCUUUAAACCCUAUUAGGCUGAUUUAGCAACAGAACGGGAACAUCAUUUGACGAUGGGAAAGCGUGCGGAAAGGACUAAACUCGACUUCCGGUGCCCAAUUAGCAGCUCUGCCAUUGGUCAAGCCAGUUGUUUGAUUUGCGCGUGCCGUCAUCAACUGGUGUUCCUGUAAUAUUUGCAGCUAAGCUAAACAGUCACUUGCCAAACCACAGUAGGCCCUUCUAUUACAUUAAAGUGAGAUAAACAUGUGGAAACAUGGUGGACAAGGUGCACAGGGGUUAGCAUAGGAUAGUACACACUGGCCAUGCAGACUUCAUUGGCUCAAAAUGUGCCUUUUGAAUUUCAUUGCAUGUUAAUAAUACUAACAAUAAUAACAAUGAUAAUAAUGGAAACUUUAUUAUUUUGUGUUUUUGAAUGUACAAUUGUAAAUCUUGCUACGUAUAGGCAAUUUACAAAUGCUGCUUGCAAUUGGAUUAUUAAAAAAACAAAACAAAACAAAAACAAAAACAAAAAGAAAAGAAAUCAAAAUUGCAUUAAGUCUGGGCUAUUCCAAUUCCUACAUGUAUUUCUACAACAAAAGAUGUAAUAUGUUGCUCUAAUGGUUAUAUUUAUCAUUUUCUUGAUUAUAUAAAGUUGCUGCUUUUUUUCAAUGUCAUUUAUCAUGUCUAAAUAAUAAUAAUAAUAAUAAUAAUAAUAAUAAUAGUUAUUAUUAUGAAGUCGCCAGUGCUCUUUAAAAAAAAGUUAUUAUUAUGAAUAAUAAUAGUAGUGUGAUAUUAUUAUUAUUAUAAUAUUAUUUCUUUCUUUCUUUCUUUUCAGAAUUGACCUGUUCUAGUUUAUCGGAUUUAAGAGACAAAGAUGAAGUCGCCAGUGCUCUUAGAACUGCAGUGGGUAGUAAACAGGUAUGUUGUUGCUAUCUUAUGAUUGUAUGCAUAGAACAUCAGUAAACUGUAUCUAUUUUCUGUACCUUACAUGCUCUGCUUUCUUGAAACAAUGAACUGCCACCUCUUGCAGUACAUUUUGACUGCAGUCUUUCCAGUGUAGAAUUGUGUUGCAUAAGAGAUGGAGGUGACCAAACCACAAAAUAGAAAAAAAAAAGCCUCUCUUUCUGAGCAGGAUUUCUAAAUGUUAUGAGAGAUUUUUGGAAGGAUCUAUACCCAGAGGAAGCAAGUCACUUCUGAUUGAUUGUUAGAAUCUCCUUUUGAGCUCUUGUGUUUGUUUGUGAAAUAAAGGAGAAUUUAGCUGAUGUUGGAUUAAUUAUUUUCUUAUAAAUAUAUGUUCAUGCUUUUUUCUUUAGUAUGGCAAUGAGGAUUUCUUAUCAGAACUUAUUACAAAGGCUUGUGGUGAGUAAAACAAGUGUGUAAACAGUUUCCUACAUGAAGUUCCUAAAUACUAUAAGUAUCAUGAUUAUGAAGUGGAAAGUGUACAUUAAUUUUUCACCUGCAGUAUCACAAGAGAGAUGUAAUAGGCCUCAAGCGUGGACUGACUGCAGUAGUUAAUCAGUAAUAAACAAAAAUGUUUGUUUGGGGUGCCUUGGUUGAACUUUUUCCUCUUACUGCGCUUUUCACAAACAUGCAAAUUCUGAAGUUCAAAAGCCAACUGACAUUUGCGAUUUUUGCUGUCGUCAAUCAUUUUAACAGACCUCUUAGGAAACAAAACUUUACUUUAACGGGUUCAAAAGGUCAUGGAUUGUGAUUUCUGACUGGUGGAUUUCAAUCCAUUUUGUGAGUUUCUGUGUUUCAAGGUUCGUUGCUUGUGAUCAUAAUUAUGAUUGACGGCAGCGAAAAAUGCAAUUGUGAAGGCGCCUUUUAACUUCAGAGUUCGCAUGUUUGUGAAAAGCGCAGUAAGGGAAAGAGCAGGGUGUUCAUUAGGCAUCAGAGAUCAGAGAAUUCUCCGUUUACUGCCCAGAAUUCUCCCACUAAGGUUCUUUAGCCUAUGACUAUUUAUUAUUCUGCAUUGAGUCUCUUUUUAAAUAUUCUCCUCUGACGUUACACCUUUUUCCUGCUACCAGAAUUCUUAUGGCCAAAUUCAUUGUAUCGCGGUGCGCGUUUGCAAACUUCGAAUGGCUUUUUCUGUUCCAUCAAUCAUUUGAGUGGGGGCGGAGUUAAUGCAAAUCACGACUUGCCAAGCUUGGCCCACAAAAACAAAACUGAGAAUGACUCUAGACUGCUCAAGAAUAGAGAAGGAAAUCGUGAUGAAGAGUGGACGUUUUGUAGAAGGCAGGAGGCAGACAUUGCUUUAUUCUUGCAGGAGACUUGUAAGAAUAAGACAUCAGAAAAAUCUUUGAAGAAAACUGGUCGAUUAUUGCCCGAAAGAGGGCAAUCACAAGCAACGAUCGAACCUUGAAAAACAGAAACAAACAAAGUGGAUCAAAAUGAUCAAUCACAAGUAAACAUGUGUUUCCUAAGAGGACCGCUAGGAUGACUGACGGAACAGAAAACCCAAAAUUCCUUUUAAGUUUGUAAAACGCGCAGUGUAAUAAAACAAAUUUGGCUAUUAUGAGUGCACUUUUCCUUACUGCCAUGAAUAUUUGUUAAUUAUGUAUCUUUCUAUAGUUUCUCUUUACUUCAACCUUGAUUGAUGAUGUAGACUCUUGCAACUUACAUGACACAAUUCCUGGAAUUUUCCAUGUCACCAAUUUUAGUUUUUGCCCAGUUUUGCAUUUUUUUUAAAUCUUAGUAUAUUCUAUAUUUUCUUUUUCCUUUUUUAUUCCUUUACGAAAAUUAAUAUAAAAUUUAUAUACAUUCUAAGUAAGCCUGGGAAAGUAGCUGACAUUUGGCGAUGCUACUACUGGUUUCCCUGCCAAAGGACGUCUGAGAAAUGAGCGUAGAAAUUCCACACUGGUGAUGCGUCACUUCUUAUUGGCUGAAUCGAAUUUCCCACGCAGUACGACCAAUCAGAAGCACUACUCGGAUCAGGGUAGUGAUGCGUCAUCAGUGUGGAAUUUCUGCGCUCGUUUCUCACAUGUCAUUUGGCAGGGAAACCAGUGGUAGCGUUGCCAAAUGUUGGCUGUUUUCUCAAGCUAAUUCUAAAUAUGCUAUUAGUAAUUUAUAGUUGCCCAAUGAAGUAACAUUCCUGCACAUAAGUACAAAAUAAUAGAGCAUUAUCUGAAAACACAGUUGGAGACACCACAAAUUGAUCAAGUAAAUAAAGUGGAAAUGAAAGUGCUUUUAAUUAAGGAGCUACAGUAGCUAGUUCAGGACAAAUACUUAUCUUUUUUUUUUUGUUUUGGUUCUCAGUCUCCAUCCUGCCACAGAAAGCUACAUUUAAUGUAGAUAAUGUGAGAGUAGCCAAGAUUUUGGUAAGUUUGAAAAGAUCUGAGGAAAAACCAUGUUAAGCUCUUCACCAUCCCUUAGAUUAUGCUAGGUUAGGGUAGGUUAACACUCCAUCUUGCAACUGAGUCAGAAUCCUAAUCAGAAGCACAAGCAUUAGGAAGUCAUAACCUUGAGUUUUCAUUGUACUCAUGGCUGUAUUCCCUAGGAUCUUGUGAAAACCAGAUUUUCAGGGUCAAAAGCAGAAUCAAAAGAAGGUCUAUGGAUUUUUUCUUCCCUUUUUCACUUAUAAAUGAAGGGGAAAACACAUUAAAUUAUGCGUAAUAUACAUAAUUUAAAAGAAAAGAAUCUCAAAAGAUGAGGAAGUCUCAAGAAGCCACUUCCUCUAUACAUUAGAUUUAGUUGUUAGUAUAGUCAUUAAAAGAGAAAAGAAAAAAAGGAGAUCAGCUUAUAAUAAAUUAAUUUACAAAUGUAUGGAAAAUAUUUAAUAGAAAGUUAAUCAUCUAAUAAUUAGUAAUAAAUUACAAACGAUUAAUUGAGAAUUCUGUAAAAUAAUUAAAUAUGAUUUAAGUAAACGUUUAUGUUAUUUGAUCUAAUUAUUGAGCGAGUUAAGGAGUUCCACAUUGUGUAGUCACUAAAGGUGAGUUUGAGCCCUAGGAGGGGUUGAAGGGAAAUUGAGGUGGGGGCGGCCACCUAGGCUCAUAUGCAACAGCAUGUAUGAGUUAUCAGGAAACUUCUAUUUUAACUAUAUCUUAUUUAUAUAUUAUGAUAAUACCUCAUAUGCAAAUGAAACUACCUUAAUAAGAUUAUUGUUUCAAAAGUAGGUUGAGUUUGAUCGUCCGGGUGAUCGUAGUCCUGAAUAGGACUGUUGUUGUUGACAGUGACUGACGUUUCGACAAUCUGUGCGGUAGUCAUCAUCAGAGUCAAAGUGAGUUCUAUCACGUCAGUUGAUGGUAUUAUACUCUGGUUAUUGAUCUGAUUGGUCAGUUAUGUUGCAAUGUUAUUGGUCGUCUGUCAGUUAAGCCGUGAUGUUAUUGGCUAUGAAGACUCCUAAUCAGUAAUUGGUGCCUUUCGAUCCGUCUAUUGAAACAGUCAGACAGUCGUCUAUCGUUAGUCAAAUUGUCAGUUCUCCAGUCGUUCUCUCGUAGUAAUAACAUCACGACAUAAUUGACCAAUCAGAUCAAUAACCAGAGUAUAAUACCAUCAACUGACGUGAUACAACUCACUUUGACUCUGAAGAUGACUACCGCACAGGUUGUCGAAACGUCAGUCACUGUCAACAACAACAGACGACAUAAUUGACCAAUCAGAUCAAUAACCAGAGUAUAAUACCAUCAACUGACGUGAUACAACUCACUUUGACUCUGAAGAUGACUACCGCACAGGUUGUCAAAACGUCAGUCACUGUAAACAACACAGUCCUAUUCAGGACUACGUUCACCUGGACGAUCAAACUCAACCUGCAGUGAAACCUGUAUUAAGUGGACACCCUCAGGGAAUGCUGUAGUGUCCACUUAAUACAGGGUGUCCGCGUACUACAGGUCUCAAUAUAUAAUGUCAUAUGAGGUGUCAAAUGUCAUUCAAAUGAACAGUGGAAGCGUUUAGAAUACUCCCAGAGACUAUGACGAUAGCCGUUUGCAUUAAUUUCUUUAUUAAAGUGAACCAAUUGAUCAGAUGAGUGAAACAAGCUCUAUACACACAAAAUGAAAUAGAAAACAAUCCUGUAAACUGAAACUAAUCAAAUAAGUUCGUGAAGUCACGUUUCUUAAUGUAAAAAUCGAAAAAUUUGUGGGUGGCAAUUCGAGGUAAUCUUUCACAUUUCCGGUGUCUGGCAUGUUGGGUGGUGGAAUUUAAUUACAAGUGUCCGUUUAAUACAGGUCGGCAACAAUAGAAAUGACCGCUUAAAUGUCCGCUUAAUAAAGGUUUCAUUUAAAGUAAAUAAGGGAAAUAAAUUUGGGGACUUCGGCUACUGUCCGCUUAAUAGAGGGUGUCCGCUUAAUACGGUGUCCGCUUAAUACAGGUUUCACUGUACUUUUGAAAUGACUCCUAGGUUCAAACUGUUCACAGUUUUAAGAUUAUUGUUGUCGUGUUAGGGUUCUGGUAUUCAUAGUUCAGAGGUUGUUCAAGGAAUGGUUUUCAAGCGAGAGGUUGAAGGUGAUAUUAAGGCACUUAAGGAUGCAAAAAUUGUAGCAUUUUCUUGUCCACUGGACUCCAUGGCAACAGAAACUAAGGUGAGAUGAGUUAUUAGAUUAAAAAAUGUUUAUAACUGUGCAGAGAUCCAAGGAACUGGGUCAAAUUCGCAGGCAUCUAAGCAUGACCACAUCAUGAAGUGAACAAACAUUUGAUGUUUUCAGCCUUUUUAUCACUUUUUAAAUAAUAAAGGUCUGUAAAUCAGACUUGUUGAUGGUUUUUGGAUAUAAGUAGCUUGCAAAUGCAGUUGUAUUUCCAGUUGUCACUUAUCUCAGCCCAAAAAGUGAUGUCUGCUCAUAAAUUAUUUUUAUGCCACAGAAAUUGUUUUCGGCUCCCACUUGCAGAGGUUACUUUUUAAUGAGAAAGAAGGGACAACUUAAAAUAUUUCUGCAUUUGCUAGGUUAAUUUUUUACCACAUUCAAAGGGACAAUGUCUAAAUAAUUUCAAUAUUUCAGGUGCCUUUGAAUAUAUAUAUACAUGUGCUAAACAUGUGCUGACGUUGGACAAAAAAAGCAGCUACUUCGCUCAGAGAAGCUGGCUAAUCCUCCCCCCUCCAAAAGAAAAUCAAUGAAAGAACUUUCAAAAAUUGUUGAUACAGCCAAUUACUGUACUCAAACCAGUUGCUUCUUCUAAGCUAGCCCCUCACAUAGAUCAAACACAUUUACUUCAGAAAUGAAAAGAGAGCAAAAUGCAAGUUUAAGGGGAAAAUUGGGGGGUUAAAUGGUUGGACGUGAGAAAAUGGAUAAACAGAUGAAACACAGAUCAAAGGCAGAGGAUGUCUUGAUAAAUAAAAUUAUCAAAAUGCUACUCCUCACCCUUGGUCUUAUUUGCUCUCAAUUUGUUCAGGGUACAGUGUUGAUCAGAAAUGCAGCAGAGUUAAAGAGCUUCAGCAAGGGAGAGGAAGAACACUUAGAAAAGGUAAGCUCCAGAAUGCUUUUUCAAUUGGUCAUAAACGAACUACAGGCUUACUAAUUCUCGGAUAAAAGUGUACAAGCCAUAGGGAAGGCGUACUGAGACCAGUGACUGGGUGAAGGUGAAAAUAGGAUUUUCUCAGGGGUCCACAUUUGGACCACUUACGUGGAAUUUUCUUUGAGAAUGAUGUGCCUAACAUAAUAUUAGAGUCUAGUGCUUCAAAGUUAGUGGAUGUCCAUCAGGUCUACGUAGCAAAGAAAACAACUGAGACUGUAGAAAUACGAUCAUGAAAGGAUAAGAAAGUGGCACCAAGAAAAGCUAUUGAGUAAAGACAUUUACAAUUAAGGUCAAGGUAUGGUUGUGUAAAAUGACUGAAAUUCAUAGGAAAAAUUAAUAGGAAAGUUGAUCUAGGCAUUUGAGGUGACAAAGUCAAACCAACACAGCCCAUUAAAAUCGUUGGUGUAAUCUUGACAGUAAUUAUAAGUGAUGCAUGUUAGAAAUGCAGUAGUUAGGAUGGUCUAACCUAAAAUGUACUUUCUUGUAGCAAAUCAAGGCUAUUGUUGAUGCUGGUGUUAACUGUAUUGUAACUGGUGGCAAGGUCGCUGAGAUGGCCCUUCACUUUUGUAACAAGUAUAACAUUUUAGUUGUCAGGUGCGUAUAUGUUCUUUUGAGUUAUUAUCCUGAAGCACAAUGGACUCAUGUUGAUAUCAUUGUUUGCAGGCUAAAUUCAAAGUUUGAUUUGAGAAGACUCUGUCGAUCAGUUGGAGCAACAAUACUUCCCAAAUUUGUAAGUUUGCAUAAUAGCUUUUUUUUAUUCUCCCACCAUUGGCUACCUCGAUUUUCAGCCACUGAUCUAAAAAUAAGCCCGAGACUGGAGUCAAGAGAGCAGCGGAAGUUGAACCUACCAAGUUACAUCAGAAUGAAAAUAGUCUUCGGGCAAGUUCCCCAUUUGAGAAGAGUGCUGCUCCAAUCUUUGGCAGCUUGCUCACCCGUUACUUUCAAUUGACGUUGUUUUUGUUGUAUGAAACUGGUAGCUUGUAGGGGGUACUAAGUGAAUUUGAGCAACGCUCAAAAAAAUGUACUUCUGAUACCUUUUAUGAGACCCUGGUUCUGUCAUUUCUAGAAGGACGUUUGAUAUCAUGAGACCUUGUUCCCAGAUUCCCUCGUCUUCUUGUAGUAGUAGUCGUCGUCGUCGUCGUCGUCGUCGGAGUCGGAGUCGGAGUAGUAGGAGUAGUAGGGGUAGUAGUAGUAGUAGUAGGAGGAGGAGGAGGAGGAGGAGGAGGGUAGUAGGGGUAGUAGGGGUAGUAGGGGUAGUAGUAGGGGUAGUAGUAGCGGUAGUAGCGGUAGUAGUGGUAGUAGCGGUAGCGGUAGCGGUAGCAGUAGCACAGUAGCAGUAGCAGUAGCAGUAGCAGUAGAACAGUAGCAGUAGUAGUAGUAGCAGUAACAGUAGUAAUUAUAAUAUCCCAGUAAGAGGAAUUAUCAUUCAACAAGCAGCGUUAAUCAUUUUGUUUAACUGAGUUUAGUCUGAAAAAUAGGAGGGAGACGGCACUAAAAAUCAUUGGUUACCGAAUACUUUUGUCUCCCAUCAUUUCAGACAACUCCCACAUCAGAGGAGAUAGGUCAGUGUGAUGAAAUCAAGGUGUCAGAGAUUGGUGACACUUCGGUUACUAUUUUUAAGCAAGGUACUGAACUACUUAAUCACUCAUUGAUUAAUUGAUUGAUUUAUUGAUUGAUUUGCAAAAACAACAAGAAAUUUUAGGUUUACUUGUAGGUAUAGUGAAGUAGAUUAUUCUUACAAUCAAGAGAUGAUAAAGUUUAAGAGAAUAAAUUGGCCUUUUACGAUGCUGCUGACGGUAGUAACGAGGAACGGGAAAUGUGCGAUUCGCCCAACGGCCAGUUUGCAAGGGUUUAAUGUGUGUUUGACGCGUGAAAAUACAGUGAAUCCACAUAUGGAAUCCAAGCUAAACUAAAAUAACAUCUCCGAUAAGUUUGUUCACCGUAUUGUUGAGUGUUGUAUCUCAUCCGGCGAAUCUACUUACGUCCGGUGGAACGCCGUCGGGCGAAAGGACUGCAAUUCAUAUAUUGACACGCACUCAAAACGAGUAUCUUAAGACUUGCACCAGUCGGACUCACUUGAUCCCUCUGUAAUCUUGGGUUUUAGAGCGCGAGGAGACGGCUGUAUCUACUGUUGUAAUCCGUGGUUCCACUGAGAACAUCAUGGACGACAUUGAGCGAGCUGUUGAUGAUGGAGUGAACACGUUUAAAGCGCUUACCCGCGAUGAUCGCUUCGUACCAGGAGCUGGUGCCACGGAAAUUGAACUGGCUAAGCAGAUAUCCAGCUUUGGAGAGGUGUGUUGAGUUGUAGGUCUUUACAAACUAUGUAUCAGUGUCACUCUGCUUUUGAAUUCAAAGUCGCUAAGGCUUGGUAAUUAUAUCUGUGAAACGUGUAACUUUACUGCAAACGCUUUUCCUUUGUUACAAAGAAAGAUCUUAACAGCCUGCUAUUAGUUUCCAAACUACAGUUGAACCUCCAUGUGUGAAAAGGGAUUGGGGGAGGGGGGAAAUACGAAAGGUAAAAAAAUCCCCACUCCCCAUUUUCGUCCCUACUCGGUGCCCGCCCUUUAGACGCCUACAAGCAGGUGACGUGCGCCCCCUCUCCUAAGCGACAAGUUUGGAUGGUGGCUUUGAAGAGUCUUGAACGUGUGAACUUGUAUUGCUGAUUAGCCGUUAACUGAUUCCUAUUUCCUGUUUUCCCUCAGACUUGUGCAGGCCUUGAACAAUAUGCCAUCGACAAAUUUGCCGAAUCCUUGGAGGUCAUUCCCAGGACCCUCGCGGAAAAUGCUGGCGUGAAGCCCACAGAGUUGAUAUCUAAACUCAAAGCUGCCCACCAGGGUGGGGACAAAAAUGCUGGCUUUGAUAACGAGGUAUAGUUGAAGUACUAAAUAACGUAAUGUAAAAUUUGAUUUCAACACGGAGGUACUGAGCAGAAAAAUAGAACUGACAUAGCUUGAAAAUCUUAGGCAGUCGACACAAAAAUAAAAUAAAUGUUAGACAAUACUAAACAUUUUCAAUUCGAUUUAAAAAAGAGAAGAAAUCCUAAUAAUGCCUAAUAUAAUGCACAAGCUAAAAAUUAUAUAGCUAAAAAAAUAUAUAUUUACCAAUCCUGAAUCCAGCUGUUUGAUAAAGUUUUGUUGUUUUGUUGCUGACCGUAUUUGGUCUGUUAAAUUGUUCCUCAUCUUUGGGUCAUUGUUUGUAAAUGUGUCAGCGUAGAAUCUUGGGAUUUUUUGUUUUGAUCCUUUUAUUUACAGUGGAAUCAUGAUUUUCAAACGCCUUUUUGGGAAAAGCUUAUUAGACCGAAUUAUCAAGAGGUGCGAAAAAUCGGGGAUGAUAUAGGCCAUUUCCGUGGGGGAAUAAGUUCCAGUGUAACGUGGUGACACCGACAUACAUGAUCUGACGUAACUUUCGAUGUUGUUUUUCUUAGGGUGGUGGAGCUGCAGUGAAAGACGCAGUAAAAGCAGGAAUCUUAGACUUGUAUCUUGUAAAGCACUGGGCUAUCAAGUUCGCUACUGAUGCAGCUGUUACAGUA